AAACCUUGAAAAUCAUACUCUGUUGAUACAAGUCUGGAUGUAUCUGCAGUUUCAAUUCGUUUUUUUGGGUUUUAUUUUUCUUUCUAUUGUUAUGAAACAUUUUAAGUUAGAUACAAAAGUUUUAAGAAAUUAACUGUUCACACCAUCAUAAUUAGUUAGCCUCCUAUUUUCUUCACAUCCCAACAAUGCCAAUGAGGAAAACUUUUUAAAAGCACUAUAUUUAAUGGGUUUUCGAGGAACCAGUUCCCUCAUGAAGUACUUCAAUUUAAUGGGUUUUGAAUCAGGAACAGUAAAGUUGGUUGUUUAAUUGAUUAUUGAUUAAUAUGAUCCCAAUUUGAGAUUUUUCGCCAUCUUUCGGCCGCAAUUUGUAUGAACUGUCGCCACCCCAAUGGACAGUCGCCGCCGUUACCGCCACCGCACCAUUCUCGGCGCGUCGUCAAUCUCCUCCACCCCAUUGCCGUCAAUUCCAAGCUUCCAAUGAACAAUUGCCACGUGUCACUGCCAAUUCACCGCCAAACGUGAAUAUCACUGACGAACGAUUUCGGAGUGGAACGAAUCCGGAAAAUGGAUUACUUUCUAGUUGCUACGUUGAGGAACGUAAUUUCAAGCUGCGAUCGGCUUUUUUUUCCUGAACAAGCAAAGUAAAGUUGUGAGUUCGAGUUAGCAAAGAACGUGUGAUGGGGUUUGAUGAAAGUCAGCAGUCUGAUCCAUUGGUUGUGAUACGCAAUGGAAAGGAGAUCAUAUUGCAGGCAUUCAACUGGGAAUCUCAUAAACAUGAUUGGUGGAGAAAUUUAGAUAUGAAAGUUCCUGAUAUUGCAAAGUCUGGUAUCACAACUGCUUGGCUGCCUCCGGUGUGUCACUCAUUGGCUCCUGAAGGUUACCUUCCACAGAACCUUUAUUCUCUCAAUUCUUCAUAUGGUUCUGAGGAUCUCUUAAAUGCUUUACUUGAUAAGUUGAAGCAGUACAAAGUUAGAGGGAUGGCAGACAUAGUCAUUAACCAUCGUGUUGGGACUACCCAAGGGCAUGGUGGAAUCUACAAUCGCUAUGAUGGAAUUCCUAUGUCUUGGGAUGAACAUGCUAUUACAUCUUGCACUGGUGGAAGGGGUAACAAAAGCACUGGAGACAACUUUAACGGAUUUCCAAAUAUAGAUCAUACACAAUCCUUUGUCCGGAAAGAUCUCAUUGACUGGAUGCGGUGGCUAAGAUCCUCUGUUGGCUUCCAAGAUUUUCGUUUUGAUUUUGCCAAAGGUUAUGCUUCGAAGUAUGUAAAGGAAUAUAUCGAGGGAGCUAAGCCAAUAUUUGCAGUUGGAGAAUACUGGGACACUUGCAAUUACAAGGGCAGCAAUUUGGAUUACAACCAAGAUAGUCACAGGCAAAGAAUCAUCAAUUGGAUUGAUGGCGCGGGACAACUUUCAACUGCAUUCGAUUUUACAACAAAAGCAAUCCUUCAGGAAGCAGUUAAAGGAGAAUUCUGGCGUUUGCGCGACUCUAAGGGGAAACCACCAGGAGUUUUAGGAUGGUGGCCUUCAAGGGCUGUCACUUUUAUUGAUAAUCACGACACUGGAUCAACUCAGGCGCACUGGCCUUUCCCUUCACAUCAUGUUAUGGAGGGCUAUGCAUACAUUCUAACGCACCCAGGGAUACCAUCAGUUUUCUAUGACCAUUUCUACGAAUGGGAUAAUUCCAUGCAUGACCAAAUUGUAAAGCUGAUUGCUAUUCGGAGGAAUCAAGGCAUACACAGUCGUUCAUCUAUAAGGAUUAUUGAGGCACAGUCAAACUUAUACGCUGCAACCAUUGAUGAAAAGGUUAGCAUGAAGAUCGGGGACGGAUCAUGGUGCCCUGCUGGGAAAGAGUGGACUCUCGCGACCAGUGGCCAUCGCUAUGCAGUCUGGCAGAAGUAAUCUUAUAUAUAUGUGUGUGUGUUUCAAACCCGUGCACCUACUUCUAAUACUGGAUCCGCCUCUAUAGGUUUGGUUGGAGUGAUGACUUUUUUUUUUAUUUCUGUUCAUUAGACAUUGCAGAAAGGUAAUAAAAGUGUUCUUGAAUGCAAUGUAAUAAGGAGGUUCAGGUUUAUUUAUUCAGUUAUCGUUUUGUAUGAGGGAAGAAGCCAUUUUCAUGUCAGAAAGAUCAAAGGAUUGUCUUUUGUUUCUCAUAUAAAAUGAGACAAUACUCUGUUAUUUAUUUA